AUGGCUUGCUACGACCUGUGCUCCACCUCCGCCUGCGGCGUCUACCGCCCCCAGCCCCUCGCUGACAGCUGCAACGAGCCAUGUGUUCGUCAGUGCCCAGACUCCACCACUGUGAUCCAGCCACCUCCAGUCGUCGUCACCUUCCCCGGCCCCAUCCUCAGCUCCUUCCCCCAGGAUUCGGUUGUGGGAUCCUCUGGAGCACCCGUCCUUGGGGGCUACGGGGGCUAUGGCUCCCUGGGCUACGGGGGUCUGUGGGGCUAUGGGGGCUACGGCUCCUCCCUGGGCUAUGGGGGUCUGUACGGCUAUGGGGGCUCCCUGGGUUACGGGGGUCUGUACGGCUACGGUAGAUCCUAUGGCUCUAGCAACUGCAACCCUUACUCCUACUGGUCCAACAGGUACAGCCGUGGGAUCUGUGGGCCCUGCUAA